GGGUUUUUCGCCCUUGAGACCUCGUCACUACUUAAUGCCUAUCCACUCCAUUCUCCGUCCAUAGCUAGAUCGCUAGAUUGCCGUUGUUAUAAACCCUAGAUCCCUUAUCUUCAACCGCUAGAUCUUUCCUCUGUGAAACACUAUCCUCCAAAUCACAAUGUAUCCGGAUGAUGCUCGAUCCUAUGAUGCAGGAGACGAUCAUCCAUCCCUGGAUGCUUCUGAGAUACCAACUUUUUUCAAAACCAUGGUGCCCACUGUUGCUCGAAUCUAUAAUGUUUUUGAAUCCGGCACGCUAUCCUUGUUUGCAGCUGGUGUUGUGAUCUCACCUUAUGGCCACAUCCUUACUAUCAACACCGACACCGGCACUAACAGAACAGGAAUGCAUGUUUGUUUUAAAGAUGAUGAUGAAGGAUUCAAGGCGGCUAUCUGUCAUGAAUAUGCUGAUCAUCCUUUUUUAUUGCUCAAGUUGGAGUCAGAGAGGGAGGACUUUCCCUAUGCACGCCUCGCUACCUCUGCAGCUGUACAUGGCAGUGAGAUUCAUUUUAUUCAUGUCUUUUUUAAUAAUGCGUAUCGAUAUCUUAAAGGAAUGGUUUCAUGUCCGAACAGAAACUUGUCAUCUGUUAUCAUGAGUAAAGAAGUGCAACAAAUAGUUGCACCUAGCAUUAAGCAUGCUUAUCACAAUAGAGUUCCGAUACAAUUUGUGGAGGUAGGAGCUAUUUAUGGCAGCGAGCAUGUGUGUGGCACCCCAUUUUUUGGCAAGAAUGGGACUGUUGUUGGCAUCUACUAUUUCAGUGCCUUUAAUCUAGCUUAUGGAUUUAAUCUGGAUUACCUGGAGACGAUGUCUCCUGCUUGGGAGGAAAAGAUAACCGAGUGUCAACCAGCAAGGCGGACCAAACUUACCUCCGACGGAUUGGCCUCCGGUUCUCAAUCUGGGGGGCAGCGUGCUAUGUAAGCUGCGGCGGCUGCUGUGGUGACCGGUGACCAAUUCAUGAUCAUAUUGCUACCACAACACUUAGUUUUAGCAUGACUGGUCUUAUGUUCUGGAUCAGUCAACUGUCAUGGGUUGAGUCAUGCAACAUCUGAAACGUGCCUUGCGCACGGUGGUCAAGAUCUCAGUCUCAGCAUUCUCAAGCAUCCUGACGAUCUCGGUGAAGGGGGGACGGACUUCAGGAUUGGUAUCCCAGCAGCGCGUCAUGAUGUCACUCAGCACAGGGAGACAAUCAUUUGGUAUAACUGGCCUUACCCCCUUGUUCACAACAGCAAAUGCUGCCUGCACUGCUGUCAUGUUCUGGAAGGGAAGCAAACCUGUUAUGAGCUCCCAAAGGACAAUCCCAAAGCUAUACACAUCCACCUUUUGUGUAUAGGGCCUGUGCUGAAUCAUCUCUCUGUACAAAUUGGUAAGUCAAACACGUAAGAGAAUAAUUACAACCACAAUCUGUUGUCGCAAUUGACAGAAGUUCGUAGAUUCAAGAAAACAGCGAUUCAGAAAAACUCGUAUACUUGACAGUUGAUGGAACUAAGAAGAUAAAACUUGCUGUAGUGCUAUAAAUGAGCACAAUAAUUGAUAUCCUAUAGCAUGCAGCAAACUCCAAUUAAUAAUCAUUAAAUUCCCCUUCAAGAAAAAUAUAUUUAAGCACAAGGAACUUUCGUGGGUACAAGCAUAAAUGUCACUUAUGGCAGCAUGCAUGUCUAUCAGAAAAACAUCAUCUAUAUGAUAGUUUAUAAAAAGCAUGGCCUCAAAACCAUGAGGCGCUGAAUAAAAGGGUAGAAGUCUUUUUUA